AUGCUUCCAUCAAAGGCGCCCGAGUUGUCGGCUUCGAGCAAUUCGAGCUGGGCCAAGUUCGCAGCGCUUCUUGGAGAGGUGGUCGGGGAUGAAGAUGUUGACUAUCACGGGAGGCGUUGUCUUUCUCCACAGAAGGGACCGACGCCAUCGAGUGACUUUACUACUAGUCUCGAUGCCAACGACGUCCCCUAUGAGCUUCUCACGCCCGAGGAGACCAACAAAAGAUGGCCUGUGUUCAAUGUUCCUCAGGGAGUUGAUACCGUCUUUACCCCUGAUUCGGGCAUUGUUCACGCCGCAAAGGCUGUCAUGACGCUCCAGUUCCAGGCUCGCGUCAACGGCGCGAUUCUCGGAGAGAACACCUGCGUCGAGGCUGUAACGCCCCAGCCCAGCGGGGGCAUAGCGAUUGAAACGUCUCAAGGCGUCUACCACGCUCGCAAGGUCAUCAUCGCUGCUGAUGCAUGGACGAACAAGCUCCUCAAGCCACUCGGCGUUGAGCUCCCCAUCACCGUCACGCAGGAGCAGGUAACCUACUUCAAGCCCUCUCGCGAGCAUGAAGCACAGUUUUCAAACGACAAGUUCCCCGUUUGGAUCUAG